CUUAACAAGAAUUACUCUCCUCUUUCACAUUUUCUUACCUCCACCUGCACAAUUCUCUUCUCUCCCCAUUCAUUCUCACAGACUUUUUUCUUCAAGCCAAAAAAGGGCAGCUAGCUAGUUAUUCUACUUCCAUGGACAAGACUGAUAGAGAGACACGAGACUUCAUGAACGUCGAGUCCUUCUCUCAGCUUCCCUUUAUCCGCCCUGCUCCACCGCAGCUCAAAGAAAAGGGCGCCGGAGCCAUCAGGCUUUUCGGCAAGGAAUUCGGCGGCACCACUACAGAUGACCACUCCGACUCCACCGAAAACAACAAUAACAGCGCUCGAGAAGGGGAGACAAAUAAAGACAGCGCCGACAACUCAGAAAUUAGCAGCCGAAAAUUCGAAUGCCAUUACUGCUGCAGAAACUUCCCCACUUCUCAAGCACUCGGUGGACACCAAAACGCGCACAAGAGAGAACGCCAGCAAGCCAAACGAGCUCACUUGCAGUCUGCAAUUGCCCACGGUGGCUUGGCCGACGCACAUGUAUACGGCAUGAUGAAUUACGGCCGCCUAGGAUCCGCCACAACACUUCCUCCCAUGGCCUACCAUCCAUGGAACAAUAACAGCACCACCACCACGUACAGUGCAAACAGCAGGCUUAAUCAUGGUGGCGGCUAUGGCUAUGGCUCCUCCUACAGUACUAGUGCUCACCACCCACAGCCUAUCAACGGAAGCCCCUUGGCUCUGUGGCGAAUCCCAACUGCUCAUAGCUCACCGGUUUAUACUCGUCAACAAAUUCCGUUGUUUAACUCGGACAACCAAAUGAAGCCGUUAUCAUCGAUUAAUGGUGUACCUAGUUCUCAGUUCCGGGUAGGCUUCGAGUCGAAGCCGGAGUUGCAAGAUCAUGUGAGUUUAGAUUUACAUCUUUAAUCGAUUUUUUUCGAAGAUUAUACAUUUCUAUCAGACAGGCUAUUAUUGCUGUUUCACGAUCGGUAUGAGGAGUGUAGAGGAAUACCAAUUCUGUUUCUUCGUUAAUUUAGAGACAUCAUACUUAAUUAGUAAGAUAUGGUCGCGCUGACUUUAGUGUAGUUACAAUUUGUUUACUAGUUGAUUUACUUUGAUUAGUCUACAAAUAUAUUCACUUCUU